AUGGAAGCGGACAAAACAAAGGACAUUGAGUCCUUGAUGGAGGACAUGGAUUACAUUCCUGGUCACUUCCACUUGGACCUAAACCUCAACUGUGAUCCCGUCGGACCUUUGAAACUGAGACACAGAGACACUUACCUGAAACAGGAGAGUCUCAAGGGGGAGCUGGAGGCUGAAUCUGGAUAUUUACAGUAUGCUGUUCGCAAUCUUCUUGGACUACUGGCUUUUCAUCUGGACCACCUUCAAACUGCAGAGGAAAUAUUCAGAGGCAUUUGCAAAGAAGAUCCGGGGAACCUCAACGCUUGGGCCAACCUUGGCUACGUGUACGACAAGCUGGGAAGAGAGCUGGAUUCCGGGGAAUGUGUGGAGAAAGUGUCCCAACUGAUGGGCUUAGAUGGUGAGGAGCCCACCAAGGAAGACGGCAGCAGGCAAAUGGCGGCCCGCUGCCUGGCAGAGCAGGCCUACGUUUACCCCUAUGAUGUGGAGCUGGAAAGAGACGAGGACUUGAGGGACAAACUGACUGCAGCCCUGAUGCUCUUUAACAAAGCUCUGGACUACGGCGGGCACCUGAUACCAGUGGAAGAAAAACGAAGCUGGUACUUCAAGAUGGCGACCAUUUAUAUCAGACUAGAUGACAUAGUAAAAACCAAAGGGGAUGCUGAAUAUUCCAGACUCUCUCAAUAUAAUAAGGCCUUAAGGCUUCUCACGGAAACGCUUGAAUCGGAGAGAACACAACAAAAAGCUCUUUCCUGGUGUUACGUUGGCAUCAUGCUGGAGAGACAGGACGAGUUCACCACAGUGCCCAUGUCCAUACACAAUUGCGGCUACUCAGCUACCGAUCCCUUGUCCUGCUAUGGAAAUGCUAUCAAGUUGGCCAAUGAUGACGCCUUCAUCCUCAACCUCCUGGCCAAGCUCUUCUUUCUGCUGGGCAAGCACGAGAUGGCCACAGGGAUCUGCAACAUGGCUCUCAAUGUGCUGCCUGACCCGGAGCUCAAUUGGCAGGCCUACUGCACCCUUGCCAAGAUCAACACGACGCUUUACAUCCGAGACCUAGAAAAGGCCAAAAGCGGGGAAGGCGGUGUCCCAGACAGACAAAUGUUAAGCGAGGCCCAGAGAAACCUGGACAGAGUCGUGGCUGUGUGUCCUUGCUUGAGGACUCACCUGGAGAUGGCGCGGGUGUAUUACUACAUGGGUGUAGAUGCACUGCAGGAGAGCCUCUUAGUGGACGAGGGGGCAAUAAAUAACGCCUUGGUGAGUCUGUCCCAGGCCCGACUGUACCAAUUGGGAGACAGCUUGCCUGAUCUGCACUUGCUCAGAGGACGCUGCCUCCUACUGAAGGGCGAGGAACAAAACGCCGCAGACUGUUUCAAAUGCGCUCUGGACUUGGAAAGAGCAUCAAGUAGCGACACCGCGGCCCUGCGCUGCCUCCUCCAGGCCUUGCUGGCCGUGUUCAUCCAGGGAGGGCCGGAGGUCAACCACGUUAUCACCCAGAUGGAGCAGUGUUUGCAGAGGGCUGAGGAGAAGUACCCCGAGGACGUGGUGAAGGCCGAGCUGAGGUGCCUGUACCGGAGCAACACGCCGGAGGUCACCGAGCUGUCUCGAGCCCUCAUCAGGACGGGACGAAUGCAGCUGGUCAGAAGGCUACUGCAGACUGUGGCGCCGAAACAAACGGACAAGAAAAGAACACUUGGCAGAUCUUUGUCCUUUGCGUGAAGCCCCCAGAAAUGAGCAAAGCAACUUGAGAAGAUUGAGCAAGGCUGCACUGAAACGAAGUUAUUGACACUGUGAACUCACCACAUCCCAAGUCAUUAAAAAUAUAAGAAACAUAAA